GACUCCACCAAAGCCUUCUAACUUUGGACUGCGUACAUCUAUGCCAGCGGACACAUCGAAGAAUUCUCUAAAUGCUUCACGUCGUACUACAUCUCGCAAAGUAGCAAACGAGGAGGAAAUCGAACUCAAGCGCGCUCGUGGUGAAAUCUCGUGCGCAGAGUGCAGAAGGUUGAAACUGAAAUGUGACAAGAAAGUACCAUGUGGAUCUUGCGUCCGUCGAGGCUGCCCAACCAUCUGUCCUAAUGGUAGUCUUUCCACCGGGCAGGGUACUCGGUUCGUCCUUGCAGAUACAGAACACCUGCAUUGCAAGAUUGUGGAGAUGGGCCAGCGAAUCCGACAACUCGAGGACGCACUAUCCAUUUUUCAAGGCGGCGUAUCCGACGAGGUUCAUCCGCUUCUCACCGAAGAUCUACUUUCCAUCAAAUUUGGACCAGAAGCUCCGAAGUCUAGCCAAGAUGCCAUGAAUGAAAGCAGUAAUGUCUCCAUACAUGCAUUCGGUACUUUAACCAUCGGCGAUGGAGGAGAGUCGAAUUACUUUGGACAUUCCGCAGGUUCAGAGACUUUGUUCUUGGCCGGCGCUGAAUUUGAUGGCACUUCAUCCUCGCAACCAGAGGAGCUCCCGAGCAUGUCUGCGGAUAUAUCUCGAUUGGAGUCAAGCCUUCCCUUCAGUUUGACUGGUAUCCCUGACCAUGACCAGUGUCAAAGCACUUUGGACUCAUUGUUAAGCCUUUUACCACCAUACCCGCGGGCUUCUGCACUCUGCGAGACGUAUAUGGAGCACGCUGCUUGGAUAUUUCGACCAAUCCGACGAGAAGAGCUGAUUGAUGAUAUUCUGUCACCUGUUUACGCCCUUGCUCAGAAGAGGCAAAAUAACACACCUGAAUCAAAGGCAGAGUGUCCUGCACACACUAUUGCCGUGCUCUAUAUGGUCUUUUCCCAGGGCGCUCUUAUGGAUUUGACAUUGCCACCAUGUAACCAGGAAGCAGAGGACUACUUCCAUCUUGGUCGUGUGGCGUUGUCGCUCCGCUCUGUUCUCGAAACGCCAACUACUCAAACUGUUCAAGCUCUCGCUGUGAUGGGAUACUGUUACAGCAACAGAGGCAAGCGGUACGCGUUGCACAGUGCGUGGUCUGCCAUUGCGCUUGCCAGCAAAUUAUCUCAGAGCAUGGGUCUUCAUCGGGACCCUUCUCGGUUUAAUAUGAGCCCGAAGGUUGUUCAGCGUCGACGUACUCUAUUCUGGGAAGUCUUUUCUGCGGAUCUCUUUCAUAGUCUUUCUCUGGGUCGUCCUCCCUCGAACAGGUUAUCGUACAUAGACUGCGAGUUUCCUGAAGAUGAGACGACAACUAUGAAUGAUAAAGGCGAGGUCGAGAUGGGGUUUUGGCGAUGGAAACACACUUUCACAAGAGACGUGUUCUCCCAAGUCACAGAACUAACUCUAAGUGCAGAACUUCCAAGUUACAAUACUAUUCUAGAUCUCGACAGAAAAGUUCGCGAGCAAGUUUUACCUCCAUCUUUAAAUCUUUAUCGUUCCAGCGUUCAAGACGAGUAUACCACCCCAUCAGCAUAUAUCCGUGGUCGUAUCCUUUUCCAGUUUAGAACGACGACAAUGUUGUUCAUUCAUCGUAGUUUCUUUGCACAAGCCUUGCUCGACUUUCCCACAAACCCUCUCCGCAGUCCCUAUGCUCCAUCAUUCCUCGCUGCGUAUCGUUGUGCGUCGGCAACGAUCAAGACUACUGUCCUUAACUUUCAAAUGUUCCCGGAACUCUUCAUGCGUUGGUGGGCUAUUUGGAGUCAUUUGUUGUCUGCAGCUGUAAUUGUCGGAAGCAUCGUCACGCGAGCACCAUCAUCGACUAUGGCGCCCGCUGCAUGGGAGGAAUUGAAUCUUGCAGUAGACAUGUUUUCACGGGGGUCCGGGACAUCAAGUCGCGCUCGUCAUGGUUUGGCUAUCUUAAUCAAACUCAAGCUGAAAGCCUAUCAAGCGCUUGAAAAAUAUCGCAGUGGAGUGGCAUCUAACCUCCAGGGCAAUCUAACCUCCCUACUUCCGGAGGUCGGCGGUGAUGACGAACUUACCAUGUUUGGUGGACAGACCCGUGUCCUUGUCAGCAAGAUCCUUUCGCAGCAGAACCGCAGGAAAACACCAUCCCGCUCUGUUCCUCUGUCAGCUGCAGAUUCAUUACAUUCCGCCACGAGCUCCUCAGCAUCUGACGACGGCCAUUCGCCUUCAGAUUCCAUCCCCGAUGUCCAUCCCACGCUUGUGGAAUUCCUGAAAAUGCUUCCUCCCUCAUCGAUAUCACCUCCCACUUUGGGCACAGGGGAUGCAUCCACAGCCUUCCAAAAUCACUGGAACGCAUUCUCCCCGCCUCCCACACUCGAAUUCGUAUCACCGAGUCUCGUGCCCCCGAUAUAUUUCUCCCCUAUCACCCAGGCAUCCAAUUCAGUCUCGGAUUCAUCUUUUCAAAAACCCCUCCCACAAUCCAAUAUGUUUGAUCCAACGAGUAUGAGGGUUGACGAUGAUUUCGCUGAACUUGGACUUUUCCUUUCUGGAGAGUCUGGGAUGGACGAACGAUGGAAAUCGUUUAUACGGGAUUCUGGAAUUUGGGAUGGGUCCCAAAGUUAUGACAUGAUGACAGAUACUUAGGUUUUUCCUUCUUUCUCAUUGAAACGUAUACAGGCAAGAUAUUCAAGUGACUCCGACUUUCUACUCGAUGCUUGUCGUUCUGUCUUAUUCAUUACUUU